AUGAAUUUCGUCUCAACUGACUUUGAUUCAUGUGAAAGUUUUUUUCAGCAGAGAGAAAGAAGCACUGUGAAGUGUUUUGGGUUCUUCUCGGUGGGAGGGAUUCUUGCUGCAGGGAAGCUCAGCUCGGUGGCGUGUGCAGAGCGCAGAGCGCAGAGGCUGCGGAAUCUUUCCAAUAGCGCAGGUCCAGAGACAAGAGAGCGCAUCUGUGUCUCAGACACCUGAGCAGCGUCAGCGUCUUUCUGCCUCUUAAAGUCAGAGGACACUCGCUUACAAGAGACAACUCUUCCUUUGGAUUUUAUUCAAGACAAACAACAACAAAACAAAACAAAACAAAACAAAACAGGAGAAGCCUUCUACACCUUGGAGAACUUUCAUCACUGCUGGACUCAGAGAGAUGACGCUGUCUUUUCGACACAGGUGUUUGUUUUUGCUGUGUUUGACAGCGAUCCAGUGUGGACAUGCUGCCGUCCAGACAUGCAUGGAUAAGCACCAGGUGGUUGGGGUGCUGCGUCAGAUGGAGAAGUUCCUGAAAGGCCAGGAGAUGCGGUUCACGGAGGGGCUCAGGAUCAUGAAGUCGAAGCUGGCGACGCUGCAGAACUCUGUCUCCAAGUUACCCCAGUCAGACCAGUCAGCCACUUCCACCACCUGCCCCUCCCUGGAGGCCCCGGCUCAUGGAACCAAGUUUGGCUCGAAGUAUUUUGUCGGACAUGAGGUCCAUUUCACUUGCUUGCAGGGCUACCAUCUUGUUGGCUCCGCGACACGAGUUUGCCAGGACAAUGGCACCUGGACCGGUAUCAGUGCCAUCUGUAAAGAUGUAAGUGAGUGUGCAAGUAAUCCCUGCCAAAAUGGAGGUACCUGUGUGGAGGGCGUUAACCAGUACAAAUGCACCUGCCCUCAGAGCUGGAGUGGCUCACACUGCCAGCACCAAACCCACACAGCGCCACCUGAGUGGAGUGUUAUGAAUGACCCGGCAUUCAGCCGAAGACCUCGCUGUGCUCAAGUGAACCGAGCCCAGCACUGCAGCUGCGAUGCAGGCUUUCACAUGAGUGGCACGUCUGACAACAGUAUCUGUCAGGAUGUGAAUGAGUGUGAGGUGUACCGGCUCGACCAAGGAGGGAAACUCUGUAUCCACGAGUGUGUCAAUGUCCCAGGCUCGUACCACUGCUCUUGCCCCAGUGGCUACAAGUUGCUCUCAGAUGGACGGAGCUGUGAGGAUGUGGACGAGUGUUUAAGCCAGCAGCACAACUGUAGCCAAGGGACAACUUGUAUCAACACGGGGGGAGGCUUUCAGUGCGUCAGUCCAGAGUGUCCCCGAUCUAAUGGCGACAUCAGCUAUGUCAAGACGUCUCCUUUUCAGUGUGAGAGAAACCCUUGUCCCAUGGACAGCCGCUCCUGCCACACAGCCCCCAAGACCGUGUCCUUCCACUACCUGUCUCUGCCGUCGAACCUGCAGACCCCUGCCACGCUGUUCCGCAUGGCGACCGCGACGGCCCCCGGGCGCACAGGCCCGGACAGCCUGCGCUUCGGCAUAGUGGGCGGGAACUCCCGUGGCAUCUUUGUCAUGCAGCGCUCAGACCGACAGACCGGCGAGCUGAUACUGGUCCAGCAGCUGCGCGGGCCGCAGGAGAUCAGCAUCGACGUAGACAUGUCCGAGUACAGCGAGCGCACCUUUCAGGCCAAGCAUGUGGCCCGGGUCCACAUCCUGGUCUCGCCUUACAACUUCUGAGGUUUGAAAGGUGACGGCGAACAAAGAAAGAAGUUUUCUCCACCCACACGACAUGGCUAAAGUAGCAUAACAGUGAGAAACACACGACAAUAUUACACAGCUAUUUUAUGAAUGUAACAACUUAUGGCAAAACACACGAUAGACGCUUAUGUCAGUAUGAGCUCUGACCGAUUAGGCUUGACUGCGUGGGUCAGAAUGCAUGAAAAGUAGUUUAAGAGCAUAAUGAAUGGGUUUGGGAGGAAUCAGUACUUAUUUCUGUCAUUUUUGUUGCUUUUGUGUUUUGUGUAAUUGUAUGUAGGUUGUGUCUGAGAAGCUCAGGGUCAGGCUGUGGCGUUGAUGGUAAAACCUGAGACAUUAGUGCUCCUGUGGCUCUAAUUUAUUGGAAAUAUUGUUGCCGGUUUUUGCAUCGUAACAUACUGUGUGCCACAUAUCUUCAAUUAUAUACUGUAUAUUUGUUUGUUUUUUUUUGUACUCGCUUGCUUUGUUUAAGGCACCAGUCAUUAUAUUUUUAAAUCACCAUGUAUGUUACACAAAAGCAGCCUUAUUACACUCUAAAUCAUAGAUGAUUUGACAAGCUUGCCAAAGCACCGCAUCAUUUAUCUGGAAUUUUAAUUCAACUCAAAUAAAGCCAGUCCGGCGUCCAGUUCACUACCUCGCCUGAUGCUGAACAGUGUGCUGUUAAAUGUUCCUGUGGCAGUUCUUCCUCUCGUUUUACAUCCACGCAGAGUGACUUUUAACGAACGAAAUGCAGACCAACACUGAUAAAUAACCACUUCACGGCUAUAAAUAGUUCUGUGAUUGAGUGGAUCCAUUUUUGGAGAUGGAUGCACGCCUUUUGUAAAUCCUAACUUCUCAUCCAGAGACUCACAGGGGAAUUCGAUUUGAAGCAGGAAAGUAGUUUCACGGUAUUUCAGUUUGACUUGAAUACAAGGAACUAGCUGUCACAUUUUGAAGUCACAUCUUAGUGUGUCUAUUAGUUACGGGGAAAAAAAAAAGGAGACUAACUUUCACCACAUGUUCUCUUAACUCCCUUCACUCCGUGGCUGGGCUCCAUUCAGGGGUUUAGAUUGCAAUAAAAGGGGCCAGAAGCGCUUCAUGCGUUCAGGAGGGAGCGGAUGGGUGAGAAUCAAAACACAUGCCCUGACGGCACGCAUUGCUUUGAAAAUGACAACGCGCCCUAAUGGCAGGCCUUAUUUCCUUCAGUAACCAGACCAGGAGCACUCUCACAUUGCAGCCUUUGUUUUUAGGCUGUUUGAUGUUCACAUGUUUCAUCCAUUCUCAGGCACAAGGAUAUUGCCAGAGACGAUUAAAGAGCACUGAGCUACAUAAUACAAGCCAUUUGGAGGGAAAUGAUAAAAAAAAAAAAUAAUAGAGUGAGAGCCUUGAGGGAUAGCCAGCUUGUGGUUUAUACUAGUUUUUAUGUCGGAGACACAGCAACAUGACUGCACUGCUGUCAUUUCAUGGACACAACGCAGGGGAAACACAUCAAGACACAGUGCAGUAACUCAAGUACGACUCUUCUAAUUUGUUUUGCGAAACCGCUGAUCCCUUUAUGAAUGAAAGGUUUCCUGUGCCUUGUUAAUGUGUAUUUGGAGCUGCACUUCAAAGCUCCUGAUCACAUGUCACCAGCAAAAGGCAUGUGCACCAAAAAAAAAUAGGAGGAAACAUCAAAAAUUCUUGAAAUUCCAAUGGCAGUGAAAAUGUCGAGCUCCAGUCUAAGCAGUUGCCUCCUAAAAACAUCUCCUGAAUGUAUCUAUUCAAACACUAAAACCAUAUAUCACACUCAAGUGAAACUUUUAAUUGUAUUGCAUUAAAAUGUACAAACAUUGUACAAGUGUGUUGCUGGUAUGUUCAGCCAGAGUGAGAAGCAAUGUAGAGGAAUUUUGCUGUACUUUCUUUUUUUAUUAUUAUGCAGGAGAGGAGUGAGGUCGCCAGUGGAUCGUCUUUCAUGUUGGAUCAAUGGUUGGAGGAGAUCCAGAGGUGCAAAAACACAGUGAAGGUCUCUUCUACUUUUGACUUCUGAAAAGUCAUCAUUAUGACCUGUAAUGUGGAUUACAGGCCAUAAUGAUGACAUUUUUACGUUUGAUACAAGUGUUGGACACUUAAAUGCAGUCAGUACUUUUAGCUAGAAGCACAUAAUAAAACAAAACAACAAAACAAAAGCUAAAACCGGUUGCUUAGAUGUACAACUGAGCCCCACAUGGAGUUCCCCAAAAUGAGACACUUUUUUACUCUUAGUCUCCACAAAUACAUGCUGCUAGUUUGUGAUUUCAUGCAUGUAAAUCUGCAUUUUAACUCUUUGGUUUCUAUGUAGCAGGCGUUCAGAUAACUUUUCAAAGUUUGUUUCCUUUUAUAAGGAUAGGAAGAAACUGUAAAAGUGGUGUUUUACCCCCCAAAUCCUGAUAUGAAGUGAUGUUGUACUGUAGGUCACACACAAGUGUCGUUCACUAUAAAACUGUCAAAGCUUUUACAGCAUAUAGCACUUUCCUAGUCUGGAUAACCACUUAUAGCUGCUUUACACUAGUUUUGUGCAUCUAUCACACAUCUCUCAUAUCCAUUCACACGCUGCUGGCACAGCCGUCAGGAGCAAACAUUAACUGCUUUGCCCAAGGACACAUGUAACCCACCAUCUCACUCUACAGUUGCCCAAAUGUUAUUCGAGUAGUUUAUUCAUUGAGGGCUUCUGUGUUGAAAAUAAAUGUCUACAGCAAC